UCGCAGCUUAUAUUCUGUGCCCGGUGCUUCGCGUAUUCGCAUACGUAUUCCGUCGGUCUUACUGUUCGGUUCUCGUUCUCCAGUGUACAAGUUUUAAUUGUAAGGUGAAAUAGCUUAAUAGCUGAAGUGCACAUCGUUCUUUAAACUUUAAGUGAACCGCAAUCUAUAAAAAACCCAAUCAAAAUGUCCGUGAAAGCUAAGCUGAUGAAGGAAAUCGCCGAGCCGAUGGCCACCUCUGGAAACAAGGUCACCAUCGUCGGUAUCGGCCAAGUCGGUAUGGCAUGUGCCUUCAGUAUCUUGACCCAGAGCGUGUCCAGCGAGGUGGCUCUGAUCGAUGUCAAUGCCGAUAAACUGAAGGGAGAGAUGUUGGAUCUGCAGCACGGUUCGGCCUUCAUGAAGAACGCCCAAAUCAAUGCCAGCACAGACUUCGCCGUCUCGGCCGGAUCCCGUCUGAUCGUCAUCACUGCCGGUGUUCGCCAAAAGGAAGGCGAAAGCCGUCUGAACCUGGUCCAGCGCAACUGCGACAUCCUGAAGGGCAUCAUUCCCAAGCUCGUUGAACUGAGCCCAGACUGUAUUCUGUUGGUCGUUUCCAACCCGGUCGAUAUCCUCACCUACGUGGCCUGGAAGCUCUCCGGCCUGCCCAAGAACCGUGUCAUCGGUUCCGGAACCAACCUGGAUUCGUCUCGGUUCCGUUUCCUUAUGUCUCAGCGAUUGGGAGUUGCCCCAACCUCGUGCCACGGCUGGAUUAUCGGUGAGCAUGGUGACAGUUCGGUGCCAGUUUGGUCUGGCGUCAACGUUGCUGGCGUGCGCCUCUCAGAACUCAACCCGUCCAUUGGCACCGCCGAUGAUGAGGAAAAGUGGGGCGAACUACACUACGAAGUCGUCAACAGUGCCUACGAAGUCAUCCGGCUGAAGGGGUACACUUCCUGGGCUAUUGGUUUGAGCGUUGCUUCGCUGGCCUCGGCUCUGCUCAGAAAUACUUACAACGUUCAUGCCGUUUCCACUUUGGUUAACGGCGAGCAAGGAAUUACCGACGAGGUGUACCUCUCACUGCCAUGCGUCCUCGGCAGGAACGGCGUCACGCACGUCGUCAAGCAGAUUUUGACUGAAGCUGAAACCAAGAAGCUGCAGGAAUCGGCCCGCAUCAUGGCCGAAGUUCAGGCCGGAAUCAAGUUUUAAAUUAAAACCAACUAGCAUUUAACUAUUUAUAGCUACUAUAAAAAAAAAUUAGGAAUCAAUGUGGACAGUAGAAGCAUUUCUCUCAAUCUCACUCUUUAGAUAGAAUAAGUAUGCACACCAAAGUCUUUAACGUUAUCUGCCUCCUCGCGUUGAACAAACUAAAGAACAACUACUUAUGUAAACUAUGAUAGAAAGUAUUACAGCGGGAGACGACUCGCAAUCGUUGCUAAUCAAAAUAUAAGUCUUACGUUCGGAUUAUGACAAAAAAACAUGUUCUCUGUUGUGUAAAAUAAGAAAUGAAAAUUUAAGAAAACACAUAACACACCCUACCUCGAAGAGCAUUUACUCACAAUUCGGUAUCUCAGGAUUGGAUGGAAUGUUUCUAAAUCAAAUGAAAAUUCAUUUUUGCGGAUAGAAUAUGUAGUAAUUACUGCUCACAACCUCAAGUAUUACAUUGCAACCAAUGGAAAUGUUCGGGGAAAAAUUCUGUAAGAUAACUUACGAUACUUUUAACGUCGUAAUGCAUUCUUCAAAAGGUAUGCACUAGAACGUUUCUGAGGAGUUAUGCAAAAAACAACCAGAUCUCUACACAAAGCAAAAAUCAUUUGCCGAUAAAUUGAAGUCUACAUGAUGUGCUACAUGAUUGAGAAAAUAAAGCUAACUAAUAUAACAUAGGAUCAAAAA